UUCCCCGGCGAGAGAACUGUGACGCAUGUUGUGAAGAUUAUUUGGAAAACAAACAUCUUCAAACAGUCUCAACAGACAUGCCGUGUUGGUACUUUGAAAAGAAAGAAUUACGAAAUACACCUUCAUUCCAAGAUGGUAUUGAUGCUGGCACAGAAGCUAGAUAUAGACGAGAAGGAGCAAGAUUUAUCAUUGAUGCUGGUACCAAGAUGGGACUGCGAUAUGAUACCUGUGGUACAGGUGUUGUGUAUUUCCACAGAUUCUACAUGUUUCACUCCUUCAAGGAAUUCCACAGAUAUAUAACAGCAGCAUGCUGUCUAUUUUUGGCUGGGAAGGUAGAGGAGACCCCAAAGAAAGGCAAAGACAUCAUCAAAAUAUGUCAGUCUAUGUUGUCACCUCAGGUGUUCAGUGUAUUUGGAGAUGAUCCAAGGGAGGAAGUGAUGACAAUGGAAAGAAUUCUGUUACAAACCAUCAAAUUUGACCUACAAGUGGAACAUCCGUACGGAUACCUGCUAAAGUUUGCCAAAUUCAUCAAAGGUGACAAAGAGAAGAUACAAAAACUGGUACAGAUGGCCUGGACUUUUAUCAAUGACAGCCUGUGUACAACCCAGUGCCUGCAAUGGGAGCCAGAGGUGAUCAGUGUGUCAUUGAUGUACCUAGGCACUCGCCUCACAAAGUUUGAUAUUCAGGACUGGCACGGCAAGGUACCUGGAACAAAGACCAGGUGGUGGGAGUUCCUGGUGGAGGAUAUCACUGUUGAACUUAUGGAAGAUAUAUGUCACAAGGUGCUUGACCUUUAUUCCAACAAUCCCCAGGGAACUGGUACAGACUCUCCUCCAGUUACUCCCAGUAAAAAGUCAACAGCCAGGGACACCCCUCCUCCACCGCCACCACAGGUUGGAAAACGCAGUCUCCCAACAACUCCAGCUGAAGCAGCACUUGAGGCUAAGGUACCCAAAUUACAACCAGAAAGGCAGAAAAGUAAAGACUCUGGCUCAAGACGAAAUUCAAGCAAGAAAAACGGCUCUGUACCGGAAGCCCCAUCCUCGAUUGCUUUACCACGCUCUGCCCCAGCCUCCAAUUACAGCUCAGCUCCCCCUGUACAGAGCAAACCAGACUACACACAGUAUGGAGCUUACAUGGCAUCUUCAUCAUCACAGUACCCAUCCUCGUUUCUGUCACAGGAGGGUAGUAAAUCUAUAGAGACACUAGUAAGUGGGUCAGGACUUGUAUCCACAUCAUCUUACUUACAGACUCAGCCCCCCACAACUGCUGCCUCAGCUCCUGCAGCAGUUCCUCAGUACCCACCCCCAGCACAGUACCCCCCUGCCCCCUACCAGCCAAACACAUAUGCCCCACCCACAGCCUAUCAGCAGCCUCCACCUGUCCAGCCACAGUACCCUGGCCCUGGUGGGUAUCCUGCUGGUCCUGCAAAUCCUGGAGCUCCACCUCCACAGCAGGCCUUUCACACAAACCAGCCUCCACCACAAGUAGGUCAGUACCCCCCAGGCUUCCCGCCACCUCAGCAGUUUAAUGGGCCACCCUUCCAGGGACAGACUAAUUUUCCACCACCGCCACCUCGACCUGGAUUUCCUCCUCAGCAGCCUGGUGUCAGUGCUCCACCACCUUUUCAAACUAUGCCUCCAAAUACAGGGGCACUAAACACUAUGAUGGGACAGUCUCAAAGACCACCUGUGCCUGUCCAAAACAAUAUGGUACCACUGCAACCAAGCUCGGGACUACCAGUAGUUAGAAUCACAGGUCGGAGAUGAUGUGAUCAAUAGUGUGUUCGGGAUUUUUAUUUUGUCAAGUCAAAGAGACUCAUUGCUGAUAAUUUUCACCAAAGGAUAGUUGGAAAUUAUGUGGAUGAAAUCCAUAAAAUGGGUAUAGAAUUAUUGAAAAGUGCAAUAAAAUGAAAUGCACUACAACAUUUUGCAUCCAGUCCUAAUGCGGAUGAUUUAUAGUUACCAAAAGGUAACUUGAGUAUUUCUUUACCAUAUAUAUGUUGACAAGUCCUGAAAAUAUUGCUAACAACAGACAGAAUAGUCACACACA